AUGGCUACCAACGAUCGAAGGAUUCGGAUCUAUACACGUACUGGAGAUAAAGGCACAUCAGCGUUAUAUACUGGUGAACGUAGGCCUAAAGAUGAUGACAUCUUUGAAGCUUUGGGAUCAACCGAUGAACUCAACAGCCACCUUGGACUGGCUCGCGAAUUCUGUGAAGAAGCCAACAAUGGAUUGGUCGAGAAGCUUGAAAAGGUACAAUGUCUACUACAAGAUAUCGGAUCCAACAUCGCAACCCCACGAUCAACUGAAAACGACCUGAAAAAAGACGCAUCCCUCGUAACAGAACUAGAAUCCUGGAUUGACGAACUAGACGAUACACUACCACCACUCCGAAACUUCAUCCUACCCUCAGGUGGACGAGCAGCAUCUGCAAUCCACGUUGCUCGAAGCGUUUGUCGAAGAGCUGAACGUCGUGUGGUGCCAUUGGUUGUGGUUGGUGCUGCAGAUGAUAGCGUGAGCAAGUAUUUGAAUCGCUUGAGUGAUUUCUUGUUUACUGCUGCAAGGUAUGCGGCCAUGAAGGAUGGGAAGACGGAGGCUAUUUAUCGUCAACAGUACAAGAAUUGA